AUGAAGGUGUUGUUGCCGUUACUCUACGUGGCGUCGUGGGCCUCCGCCCAUGUCAUCAAUGGCCGCCACCUGAUCGGGGCUCAGCAGCUUGAAGCUCGGGCCAACAAGGACUUCUCCGUCGCAGGCGUGUUGGGGAACUUGGACCAGGCCGACAACCAGUGGAUCGACGACAGAUUGCUGGAAUUGGCCCGGUACAACGGGCUGGACUGCGACGUGUGCAAGCACACCAUCAAGUUCAGUCGGGAGUUGUACGACUCUGACGCUGACCACCAGCAUUUGAUCAGUCUUAUGCUUUUCAAGAAAUGUCUCCAGCUGCAAAAAAAACCGUCCAAGUGUAACACCGUCGAUUUCUUCGUCACUACCGACUACAACAACUGGACCAAGAAGGAUAAGGCGCUGAACCUGAGUAUCAACUUCUGGGACAACGACUUCUUGCAGAUGCUCAAGCACUUCGACAUCAACAACGACGACGACUUGCUGUACUACUGCUACUACAAGCAUUCCGUUUGCGAUCUUCCCAAAAUCGAUAUCAACAAGUUUGGCAUCGACGAGUGGUGGCCGGCUAAGCAGGACAAGCACUACCUGGAGCCUCAGUACAAGCACAAGAACAAGAAUGCCCGCAAGCACUUCAACGUGCUCCACAUCAGUGACCUCCACUUGCAGCUCAGUUACCGUGUGGGUACGGAAGCUAACUGUACCACCGGUACUUGCUGUGCCGUCAACUCGUACAACAAGGACUUGCCCCUGAUCAAAAACUAUAACAUUUCCGACUACUACGAAGCCAUUGGCAUCACUCCUCGUGAUUUCAGCUUCUACCCUAAUGUCACUUACCCUAAGGACGGUACCUACAACAAGGGUGACUAUGUCGACUACAUUGCCGAGAACGGAUGGGACUACGUGCUGACUCCCGCCACUUCUUUUGGUCACUACCUCUGCGAUCUGCCUGAAGUAUUGCUUAACAUUUCCCUCGCUCAGAUUGGCCAAACGCAAAAGAAGAACAAGUACGAUUUCUGUCUCUUCACCGGUGACUUAGUCGACCACAUAAUGGAGCUUGCGUCGCCUGAGUCCACUUUACGAGAGGAGACUCGCUCGUUCCAAUUGAUGAAGGAGUAUUUUGAAAACAUCCCCGUGCUUCCUGCGCUCGGCAACCACGACACUUUCCCCCACGGGCAAGUGGCGCCGCCUCAGCUUGAACACAACCAAAACUAUACUUGGGACGACGAUGCCAUGGCCGAGUUGUGGAUCAACAACGGCUGGAUCAACGGGGCCAAGCGUGAGGACCUCAAAUCGCACCUGCUGGGCUUCUCCUACGUCACUGAAAGAGGGCUUAAGGUGAUCAUCCUCAACCUGAACACUUACUACCAGCAGAACUUGUGGGGCUACAUCAACUGUACUUCCGACCCCGACUUGUUUGGCACCUGGAAGUGGCUUGUCUCCGAGCUCGUGGCGCUGGAAGCCUCCGACCAAAGAGUGUGGAUUGCCGCCCACAUCCCGACCAACGUCUACGACGCCAAGGCCUACCAAUCGCAGAUCUUUGAGAAGAUCGUCCAGAGAUUCUCGCCUUACACGAUCGCCGGGAUCUUCUACGGCCACACCCACAGAGACCAGGUGUAUGUCGGUUAUCAAAACGACCAGCCGGCGGCGUUCGCCUUGGUGGCACCCCUGAUCACUCCCGGCACCAAUAACAACCCUGGCUGGCGUUAUUACGAGGUGGAGGACGAGCUGUUUAACAUUAUUAACGCCCACCACUACUACCUCGCCUUGAACGAAACGCUUAACAAUAACGGUGACUUGCCCCAGUAUAAGUACGAGUACCUGUCGCGUGACUUGUACGACCCCAACCACCAGUGGCCGGCCGACGCUCCCCUCAACGCCACCUUCUGGCACCAAUACGUCGUCAAGCCCAUGAACGACACCCUGGCGAUCGACUUCAACCAGGAAUACAUGGACUUGCAGUACCGGUACUCGCCGUUUGCCCCGAAGUGUCUCUCUAAGACGGGGAACUUGACCAAGACGUGCUUGAAAGAGAACUGGUGCUUGGUGUCGUCCUUCAACCUGGACUUGCUCCAAAAGUGUGUCGAUGCUAUCAAAAAGUAG